GCCGGACCCCAGGAGGGAACGAUCUCUCCCGGUGCACCGGGAGCCGGGGGGGCACCGCCGGGACAUCUCCCUCCAUUCCUCCCUUCCUCUCUCCCUCCCUCCCUCCCUCCGGGAGCAGGUGCGGCCGUGCCGAGGCCGCUGGCGGGGCCGGUGCGGGGCCAGGCCGGUCCCUGCCCCCGGCAGGCUCCACCCUGGGCGGUGCGGGAUAAAACUUGGGGCACCUCCCCGGCGGUUCCGCGUCAGGCUGCGCUCCGACCGCUCGGCACGGGGCAGCGUUUCGGGGGCACCGCUCCGCUCGCGCCCUCCCGGAACUUUUAGGGCUUUAUUAUUUUUUUUCCGACGUUCAUUCCCCCGGUGCCGCCGGAGGCAGCCGAGCUCUGAUCGCGACGGGAUCCGCGGGGCAGCGCUCCGGGCUCGGCCGCAUGGAGCCGCAGCCCGGCGCUCGGAGCUGCAGCCGCGGGGCCGCCCCCUGCGAUCCUCUCCCCGCGGAGCGCCCCGUCCACCUCUGCAUCCACACCACCACCGGGGCGCGGUACGAAGUGGCCGUUCCUCCGGACGAGACGGUGGAGGGGCUGAAACGGCGGCUGUCGCAGCGCCUUAAGGUGCCCAAGGAGCGCCUGGCGCUGCUGCACAAAGACAGCCGCCUCAGCUCCGGGAAGCUGCAGGACCUGGGGGUGGUGGAAGGCAGCAAACUGACGCUGGUGCCCACCGUAGAGGCCGGCCUGAUGUCCCAGGCAUCCAGGCCGGAGCAAUCGGUGAUGCAAGCGUUGGAAAGCUUAACUGAAACUCAGGUGAGCAGCUGCGAGACAAAGAGCUCCAUGGGAAGGGGCUGCCGUGGCCCCUCCCGGCCCCAUCCCCUCCUCCCCUCUUCAAGGUCCCCCUCCGGGAGAGGUGGCGAUGCUGAGGGUGGUGCCCAGGGUGGGCACUGGGUGUGGGGAGGUCCCACGUUGCACCCAACAGCCUCGAGUUUGGGGAGGGGGGGGUGUGGGGCUGUGACUCAGCCAAGGUCAUACAGGCUGUAUGGGGGGGGUUAAAGGGGGGGGAGCUGUGGCAGCUCACCGUGCGGCGCAGGGAGCUGAAGGGGCUGUGCAGCCCUGCAGCCCCUGGUGGAAGGCUUUGAGCCGCCCUCGAUGGGGGAGGGAGGAGGGCUGAGUGCUGCGGUUCUCCCCAUGCACCGGGGUUACCGUCACUGUGAAGUUUGGCUGUGUUACGGUUGGGGGGGUUCUGUGCCGUGCUGGGGGGGCAGUUCCCAGGGCUGUGUGCGCACGCAGCCGCCAGCUGCCACCGAGGUGGAAUUUACCCCCAGCCGCGCCGCCCCGGCUCUUUGUUUUCAGUCUCUUUAUUAUUUGCUGUUCAACUCCUUCCUUCCUCUCCGGACGGGUGUGUGGAUGGGGUUUGAAAAGGGGAUUUAUGCGCUGGGGGUUUUUUGUUGUUGUUGUUGUUGUUGUUGGCUUUAUUUAUUUAUUUAACCUGCCUGGUUGCAUUUGGGAAAAGGGUUUGUGCUGAAGGUGCGGGGGUUUGGCUGCGUGUCCCCUUUCUCCCCCCCCUCCCCUUGCCAUGGGGUUGCUGUGAGGUCCAGGGCUGCCCCAUAUGGGAGACCUUGAGUGAUAAGGGGUGUCCUUGGCUUUGGUCAGCAGUUUUAAACCUUUGUGGGCUGAGUGAGCCUAAAUCUCCCCAAAGAUGGGUUCUGACCCCUCAGGGGGAGAUUCUGGCAUUGCUUUGUGCUAUUGUGCUGUGGGGGUGUCCUGGUGUGUAUCCCAGCAGUGGGGAUGCAGCGAUUCCUGGUGGG